GUGUAAAAACCAUGAAGCCGAGCCCGAAAAAGUCGACUGCAAGGGCGAAACAGCGGACGAAAUCAUCUAGCAACAGCAACAAUAGCCAUACCACGCAUCAGCAACAUCCAUUGGCUGCAGGUUUUAACCAAAACUCCCAACAAGCAUUCCAAUCUCCGCAUCAAAAACAAACGGCUCCACACAGUGACUCGUCUGGAAAUGAUCCCAAGGAGAAGACAUCCUUCAAGGCGUACGCGGGAUUCAGCACUCGCUCCGUGCGAACUGCUUGGGAGCAGCACGAUAAGCAGGAGACCGAAGUGUCCGCCGAUGUGUACGAGAGGCUGGCCGAAGAUACAACCUACAAGCUAUGGGAGCUUGUUAACAACAUAAAAACGUACAGUAGGCACUCGAGUGGACGAGUCACAUACGAUCUGGUGAAUGAAGUAUUGAAGGACUCCGAUGUUCCACCAAUCGUGGGUGCUAGCUGCCAACCGUGGGACAAAAUCGAGUACGAUGGAGCGUACUUCUUUAAUACGGACGAGGUUCUCGAUCUUCGCGAGGAGUACAUCAAGGACGUGACGAUGGAACAGUGUAAUGUAAAUUUGCUUUCUACUACUUGGAUGGCAGAAGCGGAGAUUGCCGAAGAUCUGAUUGCAAUGCACAAUAACGUCUGCGAUGCCAUUUUUCUAGGCGAUGAAGACUGCUUUAACAUGGCAAUCAAUAUUUUGCGAUGUCAUCCGCAUAUACCCUCGCUGAUGAAGUUACUGCUCACGAAGGCGAUCGAAAUGCUGGGCUUCGAGUACACCGAGGACACUCUGCGUCGUACAUUGGAGUAUCUGGAAGCGUUGGUGGAAAACUACCACGUUGCUCAUUCGGACCUUACGCUUGAACUGAGCUUGCUCAGCCAACUAUUCGUCAAUCUGCUGCUGGGCCCAGUUGGUUAUGUCCACUCAAAAGUAAUUCCUUCAGCAGCCGACCUAGUAGGAACGCAAACAUCUGCCAACAUGGAAACGCCUGUUAAUCAGCAACACCAACAGCAAGUACUGGAUACCAUUUCGCCAUUGUUUAAUCAAUCGAUGGCCAUGCUGGAGAACAAUCUGCCCUCUGCGGACGAUUCCAACAAUUCCAAUUCGAACGCUACAGAGGAACUUUUACGGAGCAUCGAAAAUAUUAAACAUGGCGCUGACGGAAUGGACAUCACCAUCAAGGACGAGUACGAGGCCUUGUUUUCGAUGGUCCAAGGAUUAGGCAAACAGGAAGAAGGGCCGGUGGAAUCCGUUACUGUUGGGGCGAACGUUGUCGACCAAUUUCAAGGGAAACCCGCGUUCGAUCCAAAUACGUAUGAUACGACCGGGACACAAAAUUACAUUGUGCAACAGACGCAACAACAAUCACUACCUCACCCAACACCAGCCACGACAACACAAGAUGGGCAGCAUGCAGCUUCUAAUUCCUUGCUUACUAACGAUAUGCUGAACAGUGGUCCACUAAGAAUAGAAGACAGAGCUAAGCAAGAGAUGCACCCACUUCGGCCGACACCGAUUCUCCUUGAUGCUGAUCCCGAGGAAAACGUUAGUCAGCCCAUGUCUGAGAGCAGCGAUGGCGUAGAGGAGGUUUUCAACCCCAACUCUACAACGCUAGAAAGCGAAAACAUAACGACGCUGAUCUGCGAUGAUUACCUAGUAGAGCGUGUUUGCCGUGUGGUUGGACUGUGUGCCGGGAAAUGGGGUUUCGUGGAGCAGGAAUGCACCUUCCUGUUGGUCGAGCGCUUACACCGUUAUUUUCAGGAACGUAAAACUGUAUCGAUCGACAUGAAUUGGUUGUCGCGAGUCUUGCGAGGAUUAUGGGCCGUUGGCGAAUAUGCAUUCCGCGAACUGCUACCUUACUUCUACCAGAUCGAUAGUCAAACGAUUCCGGAAUCUUUAGUGCCUCAUUUCAGUAUUGUUGGUAUAUUUCUUAACGGUCGAUCCGAUAUCUUUUUCUAUGAAUAUCUGAGUGAUAUCUGUGGCGACAGUCUGGAACCGUUCUUAUUUAGUUACGAGCAAUUCAUCGAAAACUUAUAUCGUAAGUAUGGCCGGCGAAGCCUGAAGAUCAUUGCAGCGAAAACGUGCUACAGAGUGGAGGCAAAAGUCGUUCUAAAAAGAUUGCCGCGGACCAACAUUCAUUCAGAUAGAAAGUGUUUAAUGCUUUCCGAAUGCUUCGAAGAGCUGCAACUGAAACGAUUACCAUCGUCCUCCAACACUAUGCAGGCUCCUCGAGCACGAUUCGGAUUUCGGUUUCCCGGCUGCCGUCCAAUGUCGACGAAAAUGACUCAAAAUUAUACAAAGGCACUCUCAUCUACUAUCCCAGCAACAUUGAAACAAAACGCCGAUCUUUUAAAUACCUUCAAUUCGAAAGUAGUGGUCGCACGCAGACGAAUGCUAAAAACAGCAACGAAUGAACCUCCAAAGAGGCGUGUCUUCUGCUAUGGUUCGUGUCCAAUAUAGAAAACUUAAACGAG